CACGUGUUGAUGUUUACUGGCGAGGUCGGGAUGGUGCGAGAUGGCUGCCCCUGCUGCACUUCUCCUCCGUUCACACCUUCUCCGUCUCUCUCAACACGAUCACAAGUGUCAACAACUGUUCCAACAUCAUUUAGCUAAAGAGAACUGGGACAAAAAUGAUAGGGAACUUGUACUUCAGAGUUGUGGACAAUCUCUCUUAGAUCCUCAGCUAACACUCACUGUUGGUGUUCACUUACGUCCAUGGCUUCUCGAGCUCCUGGGACGGGCUAGGACUGCAUCAGUAAAGACCUUCCAGACAGGAGGAGGAAACACUCUUCAUCUUGCCCUCUGUGUUGCUCUUAGCAAGCUUGUCACCAUCAGCAAUGAUGCCAUCAGAUUUGUUCUCAAGUAUUUUCAAGAAGCACCAGCACCAUUUCAAAAGACAGAAGAUGACGCAUGUGAUGAGCCAACACCAAAGAAGCUUAAGAGACAAAAGCAGCAGGUGCAUAAAACAACAGACAAAGAAUUAUUGCAAGCCACUUAUGAUCUUUUGGUGUAUGUUGGGGGAGAUUUGAUACGCAUCUGGAAAUGGUCAUGUCUGUUAUCAUAUUUACAUCAUAACUCGGAGGAAGUACAGUGGUUGGCUUGCCAUUGCAUUGCAGUUUUAUCCAGAAUGAGCGAAUCCCAGAGAGAAUCACUAAUAAUAAAAUAUGUUUCACUGGAGACUCACAGAAUAUUAACAGUAAAAAAUGGCCUCAUUCCAUGCCAAGUGUUGCCUCCUGUGUUGUGUGAUGAAGAGCCAAGUAAGAGCUGUGCAGAGUUUCGACAUACUGUCAUCGUUAGCGGAGUGACUCUUCCACUGUAUGAUAGAAGACAUCAGAUGGAAGGGUGUUUAGUGAAUCUUCCCUCCACUGAACGGAACCUUGAAAGCGUAGCUCUGGCAUUGUGUCAGGGUCAGCCUGUUUUGGUUGAAGGAGUUGUUGGCAGUGGGAAGACUUCUCUUGUGGAACAUUUAGCUUGUGUUACUGGGCGGACUAAAGCUCCCUAUCUUAUCAAGGUACAACUUGGAGAUCAGACAGACAGUAAGACUCUCCUCGGCACUUACUGCUGUACACCAACUCCUGGAGAGUUUAUCUGGAGACCAGGCUCGCUCACUCAGGCAGUAACUAAUGGAUACUGGCUUUUGCUUGAAGACCUAGAUUAUGCACCAAUGGAUGUUAUUUCCAUUUUGGUGCCACUACUAGAAUCACGAACUUUACCUCUUCCAGGUCAUGGAAAUAUUCGGGCCCAUCCAGACUUUCAGCUGUUUGCCACCCGUCGUACUCUGGGAGGAACUAAGAUGGUUAGUGGGUGUGCUGGCCUCCUAGAUAAAUUAUGGACCACAGUGACUCUAGAAACCCUAACAUGUUCAGAAUUGCUGCAGCUUAUUACUACCAGAUGGCCAAAACUGGAAUCCAUAUCAGAGAAGCUGGUUGCUGUAUAUUUGAUGUUGUCAGCAGGGCAGCACAGUGAUGACAGUGAUGGUUGCAAGCAAGUUGACAUUGUGGAUAUGACUUCCAUCAAGGUUUCUGGACGUUUGGUGUCAACCCGUGACUUGAUGAAAUGGUGUUCAAGAGUUUCUUCUCAUAUUGACGAUACCGACAUUCCAUUGUCUAAUAGAGCAUUUCAGGAAGCUCUUGAUUGCUUUUGUGCAGCAGUACCAAAUCCAUCAACACGCUUUACAUUUGCAGUGCACAUUGGUUCAGUCAUGAACCGCACAAAAGCAGAGGUUGAAUAUUAUUGUACGCAAUACAAACCAGAGGUGACACAGAUGCCUAACAAGUUAAUAAUAGGCCAGAGAGUAAGGUUUCAUAAAAAAGUGAUUGAUACGUUUUCUCUUGGCAAAAAGGAAAAUGUUACUUUUUCAUUCACAAGACCUGCAGCAUGCUUGCUGGAAAGAAUUGGUGUUGCAAUAAUGAACCAAGAACCAGUGUUGAUAGUUGGAGAGACAGGCACAGGAAAGACAUCUACUGUUCAGUAUCUGGCACACCAAACUAGAAAUAAGUUACGUGUUAUUAACAUGAAUCAACAGAGUGAUUCAACUGACCUCCUUGGAGGAUUCAAACCUGUAGAGAUGAAAACCAUUGUUGCCCCUGUACGACAAGAGUUUGAAGAUCUCUUUGCCGCUACUUUCUCCACUUCUAAAAAUAAUAAAUUUCUCCAGCACAUUAUGGUGUGUUAUGUCAACCAGAGAUGGGUUGACCUAUUUUCUCUGAUGGAGCAUACGUUGGAGAAAGCUCUGGAAAAGUUGAGGCAGCCUGUUCAAUCAGUUGAACAACGCAAAAAAAAUGUUUCAUCGGUCAUUUUAAAUAAAUGGCAAAAAUUGAGGCUAAAAAUAUCAACAGUUAAGGACCAAGCACAACAUGCCCAGAGUGCCCUUGCCUUCUCCUUCAUUGAAGGCAUUCUAAUCAAGGCUAUUCAAGAUGGAGAAUGGGUGCUACUUGAUGAAAUAAACUUGGCAAAUGCAGAGACUUUGGAAUGUUUAUCAGGGCUUCUGGAGUCUAACUCUGGAUCCCUAACACUGCUAGAACGUGGAGAUAACAAACCUGUCUCCAGACAUCCAGAUUUCCGUCUUUUUGCCUGUAUGAACCCAGCCACCGAUAUUGGAAAAAAGGAGUUACCAGCUGGAUUGCGGAACAGAUUUACAGAGUUCUUCAUGGAAGAAUUGCAAUGCAAACAGGAUAUCAUGAUUAUAAUAAAUGACUACUUAGUUAAGUUGGGUCCAUCAAGCAAGCAAGUAAGAGGUAUUAAGAACUUUUACAAAAAAGUGAAGGAAGAAUCAGAAUCAAAGCUCACAGAUGGUACAGGUCACAAGCCUCACUUUAGUCUACGUACUCUUUGUCGAGCCCUUGCUGUGGCUGCCAGGAACCCCUGUUCCAGCUUUCCAAGGUCACUUUAUGAAGCUUUUUGUUUAUCGUUCUUGACGCAGUUGGAUCGGACAUCUUAUCCAGCAGUGGUAGCUUUAAUCAAGCUCCAUGUCUUGAGCAUUGAUCCACAGGGUAAGGGAAAUGGCAAGCUUAACUUCAAACAUAAGUUGGACCCAAUCCCAGCACCUACCAGUGAAAAGGCUGUGCAAAUUGAAGGCUACUGGGUGCCACAAGGUGAUCAAGAUCCUCAAACCUCAGACAAUGUGGACUAUGGGCGUGUACUUGCUGAAAUUGUGAGUGAUGCUAGAUGUACAGCAUGGGCAGCUAUUAGAGAAGCACUCCUGAUUGGUGAAGAAAUCCAUGUCAAGAAGAUACUUUUAGCAUGGAACAAGCUUGUCUCUGCCCAUAAUGAGAAAAUGAAAAGAACAACAUCUGAGGAGACGGCUCACUUUCAUCACCAAUGUAACCUCUUGAUGGCUCUUCUUGAGACAGUCGUAGCCAUUAAAGUGAAAACAGGCACCAAGACUAUUUCCCAUAAGAAUAUAAAGAAGAGUCUUGAAAUAAUUCGUGGUACUUGUGAAUCUUCUGGUGCAUCCAUGGAAGUUGUAGAAUUAUGCCGUCGUGUCCAGAAACUCCAGGAGUGUGUGAAGGAAGCUGGUGGCCUAUCAGGAGGUGGCACCUUUCACUGGGUUGAUUCCAUUCUAGUCAAUGCGGUGCGUAAUGGUGAAUGGCUGCUUGUGGAUGGAGUGAACUUAUGUUCAGCAUCAGUGCUAGACAGACUCAAUGCUUUACUGGAACCUGGUGGCGUGCUAACCUUGAGUGAAAGAGGUGUGGUAAAUGGAGCUGUUCCAUCUGUUGCACCUCAUCCUAAGUUCCGUCUCUUUCUUCUUAUGAAUCCUCAACAUGGAGAGAUUUCACGAGCCAUGAGGAAUCGAGGCAUAGAAAUCUACAUGCUAGGAUCUUGGACAUCACCUCAGGAUUUACGUGCACUGAUGUUGCAAGGAGGUCUUACCUCUCCACACUUACAGAAUGCUCUCUUCCAAGCCCACCAAGCUGUUACAAAUACACUUCCUGUGUAUGAACAACCAAGCAUAUCAAAAUUGAAGCAGGUGGCAUCACUGACAAGCCAGUUGAUCCAGACUGGAUAUCAUCCCAACCAUGCUCUCACCAAGGCCCUAAAACAAGUCUAUUUGCAGUCAUUGGGCAAAUUCAUCAAACAUCAAGCAGUUGGGAAAGCCAUAGAAGAAAUUGUGAAUUUAUUGAUGGGUACCUCUGACAUGCCUUGGCCUCCUUAUGAAGAUCAAGUUUUGAGUAUUCAUAGGCUAAGUAGAGGUAGUAACUUGACACAAGUGAGAAUUUUAGGAUCUUUGUUGCACACAUUGUUGCUGGCUAUUGAAAAUCAAGAGGCUGUCAGAACCUGGGCAGAUGCAACCUUGUCACUACCAAGACCUCUUCCAGUUCCAGAAUGUGGCAUACUUCAUUCUCUGAUAUUAAUUUUGACCACUAUUCCCUUGAAUGAUUGGUCCUUGCUUCAUACUUGGAUGUCCCAGCUGGUUUCAUAUUUACCCCCUAGUGCAGCACAGCUUGGUUGUAAAAUAGUAACUGCAAUACAAUAUGCUGUUUCCAUUGGUCCAUGUUGUGCUUCUCAGGCCUUAGUAGCAAAUUUGGGCCCUGACUAUGGAUGUGAUCCUCGGUACAACCUCCAGGCACUUACAGGAAAAAAGAAAUGCAGAGGAAUAGAAUUUGAAAGUUUGGCUAAUAAGUCCACUCUCUGGGUGUGGCGGACAUUGUUCUGUUUUUACAAAGAACCCCAAAUUAUUCAAAACAACCUGAAUGGUAAUUGCACAAUAGACGCAAUGACAGUGCUGGAAAUUUCUCAUGCAAUUAAUGAGGGAACAAUUGGAAAGAAUACUUCACCACAUGUUUCAGUGCCACUCAUAGUUCCUUUUCUAAACCUGACACACAAAAUGAUUCAAGAACUCUCAAACAUUACCACAGACAAAGAAUUCUGCCAGCUGUUAAGUGCCCUGAGGUGGUGUGACUGUCUUUAUCAGUUGUGUUGUCAAGUAGUAAAGAAAUCUAAAUUUCACUUAUUUUUACCUCAGCUGACUCUUCAUUGGCAAUGGAUUGAGGAAGAAUUGCUUCAGAAAAUGCCAGAAUCAUGGAGUUCAUUGGCUUCAGAGCAAUUAAAAGCUGUUGUCAAGCAUAUGCAAUCAGCUUUUGAAAAAGAAUUUGGUCUAAUUCACAAGUUAGCUAAAGGUCUUCGGUUACAUAUGUCACCUGCUCCGUUUGCAUCCGAGUUAUUCUCAGAUGCCCAGUCUUGUAUAUUAGACUUGGUGUCCUGCCUCGUUCCUACCCCAGAAAGUGACAAGAUUAAUUUGUUUUUGGCAUCAUCAGUUGGAAUGGAGAUGCGAGACUCUUUGAUUUGCAUUGCAAGAAAGGUUUCUACAUGUGAUACUGAGAGCAUUGCAAACAUACAUGAUGAGCUUAGCACAUUGAAAAAAGCUGUACAUAAAAAAAGCAUCCAAUUUCAGUCAUCUUUGAAGGCCAUGGAGGCUGAUAUAUUAUCUCUUCAAAUUCAAAUGUGGCCUUUGUUAGAUUAUAUGGCUCUUCGUGCACUUUCUCUUGAUAGUAUGUGUGGAGAAUUGUCUCCACACCUACAAGGUGUGAUUGCUGGGGCUCCAGGUGUGUACAAAGAACUACUUGGUGCACUUUCAGGUCCAUCAUUCCGACUCACCCCAGUCAUUGGUACUCACAGGUAUUUGGCCUUCAGUCAAUGCACUGCUACUCAUCACACUCGCAGCUUUCUUACGUACUCAUCUUCAUCCUCGGAUAAAGAUACUGAGGAACAUCUUAUUGAUGAUAUACUCCAUCCAUCAGCUUGCCAGCUUACUUACAUAUUGUUGGCUGGUAAUGGUAGACAGAACAUUGGAAAUGAAAGUACAAUAGAAGAAGUACCAUCAGGUCUGCAUGUAGAAAAAGUUGCACAAUUGAAGAGUAUACGGUCUACUCUUUGGAAUAACUGGUUAACUCUUGCCGAUAGUUCAACAAGUUAUGAAGCAUCAUUCACCAAAGCCUCUGGUGCUUUUAUUACUACAACUUUGGGUGCCUUUGCAAUCACUCUCAACAUUAUUCCAGAAUUCAGUAUUGAAUCGUGUGAUUUUUACACAGCUUCAUGCUUAGCUCGUAAGAUUGCAGAGAACAGCAAUACGUCAGUGCUGGAUUGCAGUAGGAAACAGUUGUAUAAAGUGGCCAGCAUAGCUGAAGAACUCCAAGGAUGUCACAGUGACUGGAUAGAAAAGUCAGCCAUUGCAGCCCAUGCAGUCUUGGUUAUGGGGGCCUUACAAACUAACAUUUUAGGCCAUUUAGAACCUGUUGAUCCUGCUCAAUGCAAUAAUCUUAUGCUUCAGUACCAUCAAGAGGAAUUAGAAGAUUUGGAGUCCCAUCUAAUGCUUUCUGAAUGGCUUGAAUGUUUGAGUGGAUGUCAUAGUAGGCUUCCUGUGGACUUGGCACAUCCACAUUUAGCAUUUUUUAAGGAAAAAUGUAUUCACCUAAGGAAAAAAGUGCAUGAAUUGACUCAGCAAGUUGCUCACCGCCCUGGUCCUUCAGAAUACCACCAGUUAAGGCAAGAUUUUACUCAUUUUCUUUCUACAGUUUUCACACAGGCAAAGCUUCAAGAACUUUCAUCAGCUCUAGAGGAAUGCAGAGACACUUCUACUCCAGCUGCAGUAUCAAUGAAGAUAGAAUGUAUGAUUUCCUCCUGUGAUAAUUUUGUACAAAGAGUUGUUCGGCAGUACCCUCUGUACCGUGAUCUCACGUAUCCAUUACUUUAUGGUGUUACCAUGACCUGUGAGGCCCUGCGUUUGUUGGCUUCUCAUUCUUGCUUGAAGAAUAUUAGUAUCACUUGUGGAACUGACUUGACAGAAAGUUUAAUAAAAUAUUCUGCUUUUCCAGCAUUACGAGAACCAUUACAUCCGCUUCGGCUUCUGAAUGAACAGUUAAAUAUUGCUGAAUGUACAACAGUUUUACUCCCAGAAGAUCAGUAUCCAGGUGAAGCAAAGAUAACUAAUAACUUAAUCUUGCGGGCAGCUCUCUUAGAUUUGCUAAAUGUAGCCCUAGCUCAACAUCACUUGGAUGAUCCAAUUAUUAAUUUGGCUACUCAGUUAUUUGGCCAAAUAGCUUCUAGUUGGAGGCAACAGGAGGAAGAAAAAGCUUUGCGUGCCCAGGAAGAAGAGAGUCUUUAUUGUUAUAAGACUCGUACUUUGGCUGUUUCUGAAACUGAGGAAGAGAUACAAGAUCGAGAAUUCAACAAGGCUUUUCCUUCAUUUGACCAUGAGUUUGAUGACUUAAAUGACCUAGAUUUGAAUGAUAAUGUGGAAAAUGAAAGUAAUAAACCUGAUAUUACUGGAAAUGUCUUGGUUGGACAUGUGACUGAUGAUCAAAUAUUUGAAGUGAGUGAAUUGCAUUGUGUCAUUUUUACAUCUUUGGUCAGAACACAUUGGUGUACAGUUCCAGUGAGCAGUGUUGCAUAUCCACCAUCACAAGUAGUGCCAGCAGCAGUAUUAAGGUUACGUGUUCUACAUUCCCUUCUUGGAACAGCUGGAUGUAUUGCAGGUUGUAAAUUAGACCAUGCUACAAUAGGUGCUCAGAUUCUUAGCAAUUAUAAUUCCUGUGCUCUUCUGACUGAUGCAUCUCCUCCCGAGCUCUUCGCUCAUCCUUAUGACAUCUAUAGAUACCCUAACCCCAAAGAAGUCUUGAAAGUACGCCCAUUACUUCAGUCAAUACGUGAACGAGUAGAUGAGUUGCUGAUCCUCUGGCCUGAUCAUCCAUCAUUACUAAUGGUCAACACAAUUUUAACACGAGUAUUGGCUUUCCCUCUGACUUCACCACUCAUGAGGCAUGUGGUAGGUCUUGAAACAGUGUUGGAGAAGGCUCAAGAUUGGGAGAAAAAUGCUCACAAAGGAGUUUCAAUGAUGGAACAGCUUGAGGCUGUUACACAUCAGAUAUUAGAGUGGCGACAGCUUGAACUAAAUGCUUGGAGUUCAUGUUUGGAUUCUGUAACGCACAGAGUUGCUACCGAAGGUCGGAAAUUAUGGCCUCGUCUUCAUGAUACAUUCCAGGCAGCUCUUACAGGAUCAGUCUCUCCUGCUGAAAUAUCUACAACUCUAAAACAGUUCUUGGAAACUUCCAUCUUGGGUAACUUUGAAACCCGUCUGAAGCUGCUUUAUGCGUUUCACUGUAACAUUGCUGUGUUAGAGAAAAGUCAAACUGUAGAGCAGUUGCUGACCCUCACAUGGAACCUUCAUCAGUAUUAUACACAAUUUUUACCAUUAGUUGCUUCUACACUUGCAAAAGCUAAGCAACCAAUAGAUAAGGAUAUAAAAGGUUACGUGAAGAUUGCUCGUUGGAAUGACAUUAACUAUUUUGCUGUGCGUGAAUCUGUAACAAAGAGCCAUCGUACUCUUCAUCGUUACAUGCGAAAUUGGGAGAAAAAGUUAAGACAGCCCAUUGCAUCUUUACUUUGUGAUGAUGCCUCUGAAUUAAUUCAAGAUCACACAGGAGCAUGGGACAAAGAGCUUCAUGACAUGCCAGUAUCCACAUCCUUAUCCACAAUCCCUGCAGUUCAUGGUAUGGUAAACCAUGCAAGCAGAGCAACAGAUGAUUCAAUUUUGUGUCGAUUGCCAUCACUCACUCAUCGCAGUCACAAGCUUACUUGCAAGAUUCUACAAAAAAUUAAAUAUUCUUCUUAUGUAGAUGCAGUUGAAGAGGUUACAGUUAGUAUUGUCACAGAUUAUCAGGAACUGCAAGCUGCAGCAUCACGUUCUGAAAAUAUAUCUGCAUCUGAUAUGCGUAUGAAGCAACUACGUAGCAUCAUGCAAAGAAGACGUGAUUGCCUGACUCGUGUGUUAAAGUCAUUGGCCUCUAUGGGGAUUAUGUACACACGUGGCAACAGUUCAUGGCAUGAUGAUGACAUCGACUCUUGUAUGACAUUACCACCUGUUGACAUUAACAUUGCCCAUCCAGGCAUAAUUUUGCUUAAGUCAGCACGCGAAGCAUGGCCUGGUUGUGUAAAAUAUUUAAAUCGUUGUAUUAGCUGCCACACCCUUCUCCUUAAAGCCCUCCAACAACCUCAUGGAAAUCUCGGCCCUGAGCUUGUCAAGCGAUUACGUGGUGUGUCUUGCCAUCUAUUCUUGUUAGCUCGAAACCAGCGAAGAUCUUUGACCCAUCUCAGUGAUUACACUCGGCGGCUACGUCUUCACCUAAGAGAUUUGAAAACGGUGAAGCCUCAUCCAGUACCUGUUGCUAAAAUGAUUGGUGGCUGUGAACAUCUUCAUGCAUUGGCAACAUCACUUUCACUUACCAUAGCUGAAAUAUCUAUCCUUUUAAAGACAACAUCCAGCACUGCUCCAGUGAUGCUGCUUCAAGAUGAUCUAGCAAUGUUUCAACAAACACAACUUGAGGAUGCAGAGAGAAAUGUGAAUGAAAUUAAAGAUGCACUGAGUUCUCUUACACAGCAGCUAGCUAGCUACUUAAAAUAUUUCAAAGAUGGGCAGCAUUUGGUAACUCCAGAAUACUGUAAACUAUUUUUGGAAGCAGUAAAUCUGGUUUCUUCAGAAGCUAAGAAAUUGAAAGAUGUGAUGAAAUUGUUGUCAGUUGGUGAUGGCAAAAUGCUUCCUCUCACAACGCAACUAACACACUGGCUGACAAACUGGUACUCUGCACAGCAGACCCUCUCCACUUUAGUGGACACUAUGCCAGAUACAGCCAAACACAUUGUAGACUUAAAUUCUCUUGAAUGCUGCUUGACAAAGGCAUUAUUGGGCGUUGAAUUCAUGUACAAAAGACACUGCUCUGAUGAUAAUAUUAAGGAGGGAAGUAAUGAUGAAGAGUUUGUGAAGAACUUCCUGACUCAUAACUUAGUUGAAAGCCUUGAGAUAGAUCAGAAAAAUUUGCGAGUUGAAGAAGUAGUAAACAGAAUACAAACAUUAAUUUAUGAAGCAGAGAAUCAACCAGAUUUGUUGAAUGAACUGAAAGCUUCAGUCUCUCUUUUUGAACAGUAUCAGGCCAUCUGUGAAACUGUUUUGUUACAAAUGGUCUGCAGUAACAGAACCAUCACAAAGUUUACAACCAUUAUAUUAGCCAUUUUCCAGCAACUUGCAGUGAAAGGAUUUUGUCGACCCCAGGAGUUGGAUGAUGAGGCAGGUGGUGAGGGUGCUACAAACUUUCAAGAUUCAGAAGGUACUGGCCUUGGUGAAGGUGAAGGCAAGAAAGAUGUUUCAGAACGCAUUGAAUCUGAGGAUCAACUUGCGUCAGCUUUGAAAGAGGGUGAGAGUGAAAAGCCAGGUGAUUCAGACUUAAAAGAAGAAGACCAAGGCAUUGAGAUGAAUGAAGAUUUUGAAGGAAAAAUGCAAGAUGUAGAGAGAAGGGAAAGGAAUGAAGAUGACAGUGAUGAGGAAGAUAAUGAUAAAGAUGAUAUGGAUAAACAAAUGGGGGAAACUGAAAAAGGAGCAGAGAAACUUGAUGAAAAAUUGUGGGGUGAUGAAAAUGAGAGUGAAGAUGAAGGAGACAAGAAUGAAGAAGAAGAUGGACCGGGUGAUGGUGAGGUAACAGAAUCAAAAAUGGUGGCUAAUGAUGAUAAUAGUAAAAAAGAGAGAGAUAAGGAUCAGAAAAAGAAGAAUGAAUUGGAAGAGAUGGAUGACACGAGAGAGGAAAAUGCAAUGGAUGAAGAUGGUAAUGAAUAUGACGAUAAUUUCAAUUAUCCUUAUGGUGGUGAAGCUGACAAAGAAAGUGAAGAUGAAAAUGAUAAAAUGGAAUUACCUGAUGAUAUGCAGUUAGAUGAUGGUGAGGCUCAUGAUGAGGAUAACGAUGUAGAACGUGAUCCUAUGGAGAUUGAAGAAAAGGGUGUCUUUCCUGAAGAAGAACGUGAACCAAAAGAAAAAGAUGAAGAAAAAGGUGAAACUGAGGAACAGAAUAAAAAAGAUGAAACAAAUGUAGAUCAAGAAAUAACUGAGGAUCAGGAAGGGGAUAUAGAUGAAAAAGAGAAAGAAGAACUUUCGGAAGAAACUCAGAAAGAUGAACGAAAAGAGGGAACAGAAGAAGCAAAUGUAGAAAAUGUUGAAACGGAUAGAAAUAAUGAUAAGUCUGCCUCUAAAGACAAAGACAGCAAGACUGUUGCAGAAGCAGCGGAGAUGGAUACAACAGAGGGCAGCAAGGACGAAACAAAGGAGCAGCCAAAAACAGAUGCAGGUGGUCAGCGGGAAGAGGAAAAGCAAGAGGAACAAGGUAAUAUAGGUGAACAAACGGAUGAUCAGGAAGGUGUGGGACAGUCUGAAAGUCGUACUCGUGAUGAUGCACACAAAGGUGAAUCCUCUGCCCUUGUUACCCAGGCAUCGGCUAGUGAUCAGAAUGAUAUGAAAAAGCCUCGUAAACCUGGAGAAACUGAUGAAGACAGAACACUUGGAAAUAAUGAAGAAAAUGUCCAACAUGGACUAAUGGCGAAGAAGAUGAGAAAGAGAGAAACAGAGGAUGACCAUCAGCACCAGGAUCAGGAGAAUGGUGAAAAUGAUCCAGAACAGAAGAAUUCUGAGUAUGAACAUAUUACCAAGGCAGAGGACCACUUUGAUGCUCAGAUUGUUGAUGCUGGUACUCAGGAGCAGGCCAAAGAAGUACCAGCACCAGCUGAUAAACAAGACAAGGAAGAUAAAAUGCAAGAAGAUGAAGAAAUCCUAGAAACUCCAAUGGAGGUUGAUGAAGAAGACGGUGGAGAGUGUCAAGAGGAAAAUCAGCCAAUAGUUCAGAAUGGAGAGAAAAAUGAAAACCAUGAAAGAAGUGAGGGCAAAUGUGAUCCUCAGGGUGAAGGUGAAACACAAAUGAUGACAGAGGGAGAGAUUAUUCUUGAAGACAUGAUUCAGAGACCACCAGAAACAUACUUCUACACACUUAUUCCAGAUGAAAAUGAAGAAGAGGAAAAAGUUAUUGCCAAGUUUGAUGAAAAUGUUGAAGAAACAAGGCAGCAAAUAGAAGUUGUACGCAGUCAAAAUGAGGUUGAUGGCACAUCAUGGGCACAACAAGAAGCACGUGUGGCUCCUAUAGCAAUGCAUUUGUGUGAACAGUUAAGGCUUAUCCUAGAACCUACGCAAGCAGCCAGAUUACGUGGUGAUUAUAGAACAGGGAAAAGACUGAAUAUGAGAAAAGUGAUACCAUAUAUAGCUUCACAGUUUCGAAAGGACAAGAUCUGGCUUCGCCGAACACAACCUAGCAAGAGAACUUACCAGAUUUUGGUGGCUGUUGAUGAUUCUGAAUCCAUGGCAGAAGCUCGUGCAGGCAGCCUUGCUAUAGAAUGUGUAGCCCUUGUGACUACCUGCAUUGUACCUGCCACUCCAUUCCCCUCCAGGGUGUGGCAGGUACACACUGCCAAUAGUGUGUACCUGCCACUCUGUGGGCCAGGGUUCGAGUCUCCUGGUGGGUUGAGUGUUAAAAAGUUAUAAACUUCAGCUUGCGAGUUAUAUAGGCAAG